CACACUUAGAAGUUUUCUCACUGAGUUUACUCGUGAAGGACGGAAAAGCUCCCAUAUGGAGUUCAGCAGCUCAACUAGUUUGGGGAGUGUGUUCAGUGUUGUUGUCUUUUCAUGAGGAGUGUUUUUAAAGAGCGUGUGGUUUCCCUCUCUGUAACCGGACCUGUGCAGCUCCUGGACCGGCUUCAAUCCAGCACGAGGAUGGCGACUUUUCCCCCAAAAAACACACGGAAAGUGACUCCUGGCUUCAGAUUUUUGGACUUGGCUCCGGCUGCGGUGUCUGUGAUUGAUUAAUCCGCUCGGUUAAAGCAGGAUUUCUCAGUAAACAUGAUGACCCGAUAUCCUGCGCAGUAGGGCUUGACUUUCAGAAAAGAUCUCUAAAGCUGAACUUGUAUACCUGUGGAAGACAAAAUAACAAAAAAAAAAUAAUAAAACAAAGUGGAAUAAAUAAACUGGAAAAGCAACAGAACACGAAGGAAAAGUGCGCUUCUGGUGUGUAUUGAUCUGCGGAGCGGUAAUAUGGAGAAGUUCACCGUGAACAGCGGCGGUGGAGACGAGGAGCGGGACCUGGAGAUCCAGGGGCGUCUGGCGGACGGCGGCGAGGUCGUGGAGCCGCUGCGGGAGAACGGGAAAGCCGGAGCCGGUCAGAACCGAACCGUGACCCGGGCGCACAGCUCCAGCCCUAGGAUGCUGGUCGGUUUGGACCUCUUGUGUCUGAUUGUGGCCUCUAUCCCUUUCUUUGCGUGUGAGCUGAAGACUGUGAAGCCGUACAAGAGGGGAUUCUUCUGCGAAGACUCGAGCAUCACUUACCCCCAUCUGAAGACGGAGGCCAUCCCGGACAGCAUGCUCAUCACUGGAGGAAUCAUCAUUACGGGCCUAACAAUCGCUCUGGCCGAGUGUUACUGCGUGCGUUCCCGCCGCGUGAACUCCCGUGCCUUCAUACGAAACCCCUACAUUUCCUCCCUCUACAAAGAGCUGGGCAGCUUCCUGUUCGGCUGCUGCAUCGGCCAAUCGCUGACCAACAUGGCCAAGCUGAGCGUGGGUCGGCUCCGCCCCAACUUCUUAGCGGUUUGCAACGUGACGUACGCGACGCUGAACUGCGUGCGGGGCGAUUAUGUGGAUUACGUGAAAUGCAACUGCUCCACGAAAGAAGAGGAGGAGGCCAGGAAGUCCUUUUUCUCAGGCCACGCCUCUUUCGCCAUGUACACAAUGCUUUACCUUGCUUUCUAUCUGCAGGCGCGGUUCUCGUGGCGCGGGGCGAGACUGUUACGGCCUCUGCUGCAGUUCCUGCUGGUGAUGUUAGCCGUGUACACCGGACUCAGCCGGAUCUCGGACUACCGCCAUCAUCCCUCUGACGUCCUCACGGGCUUCCUGCAGGGAGGAUUCACCGCAUACUGGGUGGUACGAGACCGUCGCCGGAGCGUUUCCGUUUCCGCCUUUACGUGCGUGUGCUCUCGGGUCACUCUGUGUCUGUGUUCGCAGGCGUUCCACAUCUCCUCCAUGUUUAAAACGUGUCCCGCAGACCGCUCUCCCGCCGGUCUCUCCCUGGACAGCCCUCUGUCUCUGUCCAGUCGUCAGACCGAGUGCUAGCAUCUGUCCUGGGACGCACGGACGCUGCCUUCACGUGGACCGAACCAAACGAGGUCAGCUGAUGGACACGAGAAAGCCGGACGAGGAUGACGUCCAGAGGAAGAAUCGGAAGGACGCGUUCACGUCCAUACACACGUACACAUGCCGACCCACUGCCUACGAGAUAUGACGCAGAUAUUAUUCUUUUAUGUGAACCUUGUGUAUAUUUUACUUUAAAUCCAGUAAAUAUAUGUAGACGAAGCUGCUAAUAAUUGUAUUAUUCCGUAGUCACACUUAUACAGGAGCCUCUGUGGAGCGAGCGGAGGAUCCACAGGUCAAUCGCCUGCAGUUUAUUGGAGCAAUGCCACUUUGACAGACAGAUGUACUGACCAAUCGCAACAGUUCUGUGGUUACAACCGACGUUGGGCUUCAUUUAUCAGACUCGAUACGUAUUCAUUUUUGUAAACCGUAAAUCCGCAGGAGCGUUUCCACAACGCAAUGUGGAGUUCAGGAAAAAUCCACCGGAAAAUCUUUUUUUUUUUUUUUUCCAAAUCCUACGUUUUGCUCCCGAUCAUCUUCGAAUCGUAUAAUUAUUGAUGAGUUACUGCGAUUUUAUAUAAACGGAUGAGUUUACAUCGCUUAUUUAUAUCAGUUACACACACACACACACACACAGUCUUUUCAUUUCAAUCAGAAAGCGAUUCCAGAACAUAAUCCAUACUGUAAUGAAGGCGAGUUCAUUAGGACAAAAGUAAUGGCGCCCUAUAAAAGGCGGAAGAGAUCUGAGCUGCAUUACUGGAAGGUGCUCUUGCACCGUUUAGUCGCUUUGUGCUCUCUGUGAGCUUUCUUGCCUUUUAUGGAGUUUUGUGGGAGUGGCUACAUGUAAAUGUUCUGUGAACGCACUUCUGGUAAUUUAUGGCUUAUAUACGUUCGUGAGCACACGUACGUGCGGACGUGAAAGUCGUGAAAACCCCCCGUUUGUAAAGCAACGCUACUGAAAUACUGAUAAAUGAGGCCCAAUGUAUAAGGGUGCAAUAAGCCCGUUACAGACUUCAUUUCUUUUCUGCUUUUCUUUUAUUACUUUUUUUUUUCUACUUUACUUAUUUUUAUUCUUUCUUUCCUUAAUUUCUACUUUUCUGUCCUUUUCCAUUUCCUUUCCUCUUGCGCAUUUCAUUAUCGAUCGUAGCCACCGAUACAGCAAAGUUCCACUUUGAGACGAGAGGUCUCUUUCUUUCUUUCUUUCUUUCUUUCUUUGUUUCCUCAUUUCUUGGCGAGACGAGGAAUGAGACGAGGCCCGGUCUCGCUCCCUCCUGCCUCUGUAUCUCGGUGGUGGCGAGCAGGCAGACCACUGAACACUAGCGACCUGCUCGAACCUUUGGCACUUCAGCUGCAGGACUGAACUCUGUAACUCUUAACACGUGGUAUUUCAGUGGUCUCAUUUCAACAGUGUUUAUGUCCUCUUACUGUGGUCAGCCAAUCACCUUCUCCCUGUUUUACAAGGUGGUCAUCAUUUUACCAGUGGUAAUUAUUCAUAAGAAAUAAUAAUAAAAAAAAAAUGUAUAUAAAACAUUUUAUAAAGAAAGAAAGCUAUCCAGAGUUUUGCAAAUGUAUUAGCGCCACUGUGUUUAUAUAUGUGCCAGAUGCUUGCGUUGUAUAAAUAGUGACUGAGCCAGAGGUAUUGUAUUGUCCAGAAAGCUAUAUUUUAUGUUUAUAGUUUUAUAAACUUUUGUUUGUUUUGUUUGUGUUGUCUGUGAAAGCCCCUGUGGCUAAAAUAACCACUGUAUUAAUAAACCAAACCAAUAAAACGAAUGUGCAACUAUUA